AUGCAGGUUACAGAUUCAGUUAAGUGGGAGUCAGCUAUGAAAGAAGAUGUAGACUCUCUACAUGCUAACAGAAUAUGGAAACUAACUGAGCUUCCUUGUGGGAAGAAAACAUUGCAAACAAAUGGGUAUACAGGAUUAAAGAAGAAGCAGAUGGAAGAAAAAGAUAUAAAGCAAGGUUCAAAUUUGCAAGAGAUCAAUUCUUUGAAAAAACAACUACCAAAGGAGUUUGAAAUGACAGAUCUAGGUGCUGCGAAACAAAUCCUCGGAAUGAGAAUUAGUAGGGAUAGUAAGACAGGUACUUUAAAUUUGUCUCAACAAAAUUAUAUUGAGAAGAUCUUGUGCAGGUUUAAGAUGCAAGAUGCCAAACCUGUUAGUACGCCUCUUGCUAUUCAUUUCAAAUUGUCCAAGGAUUUGUCACCCAAGACAGAUGAAGAGCAUGAAGAAAUGUCAAUGAUUUCAUAUGCUUCAGCAGUGGGCAGCUUGAUGUACGCUAUGGUAUGCACCAGACCAGACAUAGCACAAGCAGUGGGAGCAGUGAGCAGAUACAUAGCUGAGCCUGGAAAGAAACAUUGGGAGGCUGUGAAGUGGAUAUUACGAUAUUUGAAAGGAACUUUAUGUAUGAGCCUUUGUUUUAAGCAAAAUGAAUUACUUUUGCAUGGCUUUGUGGAUGCAGAUUUGGGUGGUGAUCUUGGCAGCAAGAGAAGCACCACUGGAUACGUCUCUGGUAUACUAAGCAAAGUUCCUUUCGACAUACAGCCUAUUGGUAUAGUUUCACAAUUAAAUACUCUAAAGCAAAUGUUGGAAAGAGAAAAAGAUGGCGUUUGCAAGAUUGGAAUAUGUGGUCUAGGUGGAAUCGGGAAGACCACAUUGGCAAUGGCUCUUUACAAUCUGCUCUCUCCUACAUUUGAAGGAAGUUGUUUCCUCUCGGACAUCAGAGAAAAGGAAAAGAGGGAGGGUCUAUCCUCUUUGCAAGAGAAACUCAUGAAGGAAGUCUUAAAAGAAACCGUGAGUAUAGACAAUGUCAGGGAAGGAGUUAGCUUGAUGAAACAAAGGCUUGGAAGCAGGAAGGUUCUCUUGAUUUUGUAUGAUGUCGAGCAUGCACGUCACCUUGAGGCUUUUACAGCUAACCGUCGGAAAAAUGAAGAGUGGUUUAGUGCAGGGAGUAAGAUUAUUGCGACAACAAGGAACAGAGAGGUACUCCUCCGGCAUGGACUGCAGAAGGAAGAUAUUUACUUCCCUGAGGGAUUGAAUACAGAAGACUCAUUGCAACUAUUCAUUCACAGAGCACUUGUUAGCGACCAACUAUUGGCAGAACUUGGUGACCUACCGCAGGAAAUUGUGAAGGUAGCAGAGGGACUGCCCCUAGCACUCGAAGUAUUUGGGUCGCACUUUGGAUUCCUAAAGGAAAGAGAAGAAUGGGAGGAAGCUUUGGGACCAUUGAAAAGCGAACAGCAUAAGGAUGUCCAUGAGAGAUUAAGAAUAAGCUACGAAGGCCUAAAUUACAGGGAAAAGUGCAUCUUUUUAGACAUAGCGUGUUUCUUUGUUGGAGUGAACAAAGAAUAUCCAUUUCAUAUGUGGGAAGGUUGCGGAUGGUAUCCGCGCCAGGCACUUGAAGUUCUGCAACACCCGUCUCUUGUUAAAAUAGACAAGAAUGACAAGUUUGAAAUGCAUGACCAAAUCCGAGACACGGGAAAAAUGGUGGUUAAAGAAGAACAGCUGACUGAUCCUCUCACGUGCAGCAGGCCAUGGAGCAAGGAUCAAAUAUUGGAGGUUUCUUUGGGAAAUCCCCAUGUCCAUGGUGUCGACUUCCUCGGAGUCUCUGAUGAAAGAGUAAAGAUGAGUUGGAAGGUAAUAGGGGCGAUGCCCAGACUCCGUUUCAUCACCGGUGCAACAAAAGACGCAUUUGAAGAUGAAGGAAAGAUGGUUCGUCUCCCAGGAAACAUGCGGUGGUUCAGUUGGAGCGGCUGUCCUUAUCGAACGCUUACAUUUCACAAUAGCCUGCAUGAGCGGCUCUGCGUCCUCCACAUAUCCGACGGCCACUUUCAACACUUGGGAUCGCAUAGCAUGGUUAGUGAGUAG